AGUAAGUACAGGAAAACAAACAUUAGCCAUCUAGAGACUUGAGAAAUGGGGAGAAGUGCUAAAAAAGCUUGGUCUAAAGAAUACAAACAAGAACUCAUUGCUAACACUUUUCUUUAAAGAUUUUCAUGGCUUUGAUUAGUUUAAGUCAACCUUACCAUGGCUCCUAGGCUUGAUUAUUUUAUUUUAUUUAUUUUAUUUUUCAUGCAUCCUCUCAAUUGCUUGGGAUUGGGUCACCACAAAGCAGAAACAAAUCAAAAGAAAGGAAGACUUCAGGGAAUUAUCCAUUUUAAGCAUCAAAGGAAAAGAAAAUGUUUCCCUGAGCUAUAGAAAGAUCUCCUUAACACUGCUAUUGAGAAAGAUUUCCAGCAUAUUUUGACUGCUUUUUUUUCCUACAAAGGAAACCUUUACAGCCAAUCGCUUGUCAAAUGUUAGGUUAUAGGUCUCAGUUUUUAAAGAGCUGUUUGCUGGAUGCUUACAUCACCAGGUUCUUCAAAACAAUCCAUCUGUAAUAUUCUUCUGUGAAAUUUUAAGUGCUUAAGGAUAGAUUAGAUGGUGUGACAUUAUUAUGAUUCUCUAGCUGGCCAUUUCACAUGGACCCUAGAUCGUUGUCUUGCAUUAUAUUCAUCUGUGUUCAAACUAAGGUAUGAUUUUUGGAAAAGUUCUGUCUCAGCUGCAUAUCGUUAAAUCCAGACAUAACGGUCUUCAGGUGACUGUUGCAGUGAAUAAUAACUCUCUUUACCAUAACUUGGUCAUUGUUUCUAGUCUGGUUUUGGUUAGCUUUGACUUUAGAGAGUGGAUUUAUUACCAGCUUCACCUGUUGGUUUACAGGCACUUAUCUAAAACACUUCAGGGCAAAGGAGUAAAAUAUAUUGUUGGUCAUAUAUGUGGAAGCUGGGAAAAGCCUUUUUCCUGUAGGCUAUCCAGUAACACUUCUUUGUUUGUUCUUUGGCUUUCUUUUAAAAAAGAAAGCAUUAGUUCAAAUAAUCAGUAAAAGAGCACUUAGUGCCAAAUGCCACUCACUCACUAAGAAGUUCCAAAGCUAAGGAUGGUCUGACUGCUUGGUGAUGAACCUGUGUCUGUUUUAAGACUUGGGUCAUAGGCUGGUAGUAAUCACUGGCUGCUAGUGCCAGGCACUGUGGUGAACGUGUCCUUACCAUGGGGAUUCUUUGCUGUUCUACCAAAAUAAAGCUGCUGGGCUGGAUGGAAUUCCUUCAGAGCAGCUGUCAGUUGAAUCAUGAAGGGGAGAUUAUAAAUAUUUCAUGCUCUUUUGCAAUUUUGUUUCAGGCUUUUUUGGACUUGGUUGAGAUUGUGGUCAUCUGCAAAACAAAUAGGUAGAAAAUGUCACCAAAAUAUAUUUUAAUACCACAACCCUUCCCUGCAAAUGAGAUUUGUUGAGAAAUGCUAACAUUGUCUAAUUUAGGAUUGUAUAUUUACAUUUGAAUAUUAACUUCUAAAACCUACUUUUAACUUUUACAUGAAUAGUACGCUGCCCUCUAAAGAAAUAGAGGUCAAUAGAAGAUUGCUAUUGGACAUGAUGGACUCAUUGGUGGUUGCAACUGAUGCCCUGUUUUGAUUAAUUUGUUCUAGACAUUUAUAGGAAUUGGGGUAAAAAAUGCAAAAUAUUUUAAUUCAGCAGGAUCGUAUUUAGAACCUUUGGCCAUACGGAGAAUCUGGAAUAAGCGUUUGUCACAGCAAACACAUAUGCCUAUCAUCCAUCUUUAUGAUGGGUUUGAAAUACCCAGUAGUUGCAAUAAAAUAGUAUCUAAUAUGAUGAAUGAUAUAAAGUUCCACCCGUGGACCAGCUCUUAUUGUCAGGAUGCUUUUAGGUAGACUACUGCCUUUACCUUGAGGAGAGAGCAUAUGGCUGCUCAGGCAGUGCUUACUUCCCAGCAGCAGAAAUUAUCUCCUUGUCUUUUGACUCCUUCAGUUCAAAAUGCAGUGCUGCCAGCUCCCUGUGGGUGGAUAGCGUGGAGCUGAAGGCCUAUUUCUGAAUGCACCUUCUAUGGUACUUACCGUUGACAUGAAGUUAAAUUAAUCCCAUCAUCACUAGCGUUGUCCUUGCUGCCUUAGCAUAAACUGAAGACGAGCUGAAAGAAUGGAGGGAUGUUUCAGAGCUAGGAAGGUGCUAAGGUAGUACCAUGCCAAAUAAUAAGUAGUAUGGUAGUGUUCCUUCAAGGACGGAGUGGUUGAAACCUCCCUGUAUACCAUCUUCCCAUUCAUUACAGUUGUAGAAAGAAUGUUAAACUACUUGUCUUAUUAGUCUGCUGUGAUAUAUUCAUAUAACUUCUCAGCUUGUUGGUAACUUAUUAGAACCAGAGUUGGUUUGUGAUCCUUUUAUCGUCCUGUAUCCUGUGAUGCAAAAAAAAAAAGCUUCUGAAAGUAUUUAAUACAUGGGGUUAGCAAAAUCCUGCAUGAAAAAUUAUAAUCUCUAUCUGUUAUUUAUUUAAUGGAUGAUAUGUUCUGGUGUCCUGUUCAUGAACUAUUGAAAUUUGUUAUACUAUUAUAUGAAUUUUUACUCUUAACACAGACCUUGGGGGAAAGGCUAGUUAAUAGACAAAAUGAAACAAAAUACAGAUUCCUUCUUUCUACUUCAUUUUAGUGGAAUAAAUCUGAGAAUACAUAGCACUGAAGGUAAGGCUGCUCUGCCACCUUAUGUAGAGAAAAUGAACUGCUACUAUCUGUCCUGUCAGUGGGCUUGUAGAUAUUUGUCCAUUGCAAUAGGCGAAGUAGCAGAGAGAAGCCUUUUUUAAAUGAAAUUAAAUUAGUGUUAAGUUUUGUCACUUUGAUUAUCCUCAAGUUUUUGCAAGAAGGUCAGUCACAUCUACCUGCAGUAAAGUAUACAUUUCAAUGUAAACCAAUGUGAUCCCAUUGGACUGGUGAAUCCUAGAAACUCUUAGAUCAAACAGAAUGUAAGAAAAAAAAUUUUUUUUAGACUGAGCAGUGAAAUAUUUUAAAAAAGCUCAUCUAAUAGAAUGAUCAUUAAAGUCGCUUUGACAGUUGUUAUAUCCCAUAUUUGUCCAAAUUCAAUUUCCCAUGCUAGCAACAGCUGUGUACUUUCUUAUUGCCUUUAGGUUGUGUCUGUUUUAUUUUUCUUGUCUGUCUAUUUGUCAAAUAUAGAAGACUUGGCAACAACUUUUCUCAAAUCCUUAUUCUGAGUAUAAGGUUUUGAUUCUUCUUUUCCCUCUCUCCUGUUAUUUAAAUUAUUUAUAAACUAUCACAACAUUUUUUACUGUUCCUCAGCAUUAACUUAACAAGCAUCAAACGAACAACACAAACCAAUGUAAAUUCUUCUGGAGAGUCUGACUAUCUGGAAAACAAAUUUUGUCUGUAAUUAGCACUUUCUAAGAAUUUGACUUCCACUGCUUCUUCUUCUUUUUUUCUUCCUGCACUAAUGUGAGGGCUCUUCUAGAGAAGAAGCAGAGGAAGAAACGUCUUGAUCCCUUGAUGGUACAGCCAAAUCCUGAGGCAAAACUGCGUAGAUCAAAGCCCAAAGGGUGUGAGGAGCAGACUCUUUUAGUAGAAACUCCUACCCCUUUCCACAGUGAUGUUACCUUACAUGGCAUUGACGGACCAGCUGCUUUCCUGAAAUCAGAAGUGCAAGAUUUGGGGACCAAGCUCCAAACUCUUUCUGCUGGGUGUUCCAAAACAGAAGACAAUGCAGAUGAGGAAAAUGAUGGAAAGGCUCUAACAGAUUCAGCAGGCAAGCCAGAUCUGCAAGAAAUCUUGCAGAAACGAGGAAUUUUGGGCAGUUUGAAUUUUGAUGAGGAGGACACAGAAGAGGAAGAAGCUAGUAAGAGACCAGUAUCUCAUUCACCAUAUCCUGAAUCUGAAAGGCCUAGUUCUGCAACUAGUGAGAAAUCUUUUGCAGAAACAGGUGCUUCCUGUAGUCCAUCCCCUCAAGCAGAUGUACAGCUGGGAGAAGUGGAGAACUUGGAGGAUUUUGCAUUACGCCCUGCACCCCGUGGUAUUACAGUCAAGUGUCGAAUCACUAGAGAUAAGAAGGGAAUGGACCGGGGCCUCUUCCCGACUUAUUACAUGCAUCUGGAAAGGGAAGACAACAGAAAGACAUUCCUUCUUGCAGGGAGAAAACGAAAAAAGAGCAAAACGUCCAAUUACCUCAUAUCAGUUGACCCAACUGAUUUAUCCCGGGAAGGGGAAAGUUUCAUUGGAAAACUCAGAUCAAACCUCAUGGGAACUAAAUUUACAGUCUAUGACCAUGGAGUUAGCCCAGUCAAAGCACAAGGUCUAGUGGAAAAAGCUCAUAUGAGACAGGAGCUUGCAGCUAUUUGUUAUGAAACCAAUGUGUUAGGAUUUAAGGGUCCCAGAAAAAUGUCUGUGAUCAUUCCAGGAAUGAAUGUGAAUCAUAAGCGAAUUCCAGUCCAUCCAAGAAAUGAACACGAGAGUCUGCUAUCAAAAUGGCAAAAUAAAGAUUUAGAGAACCUUAUUGAGUUGCACAACAAGGCUCCGGUCUGGAAUGAUGAUACUCAAUCCUAUGUUUUGAAUUUCCAUGGGAGAGUCACUCAGGCGUCAGUGAAGAACUUCCAGAUUGUCCACGACAAUGACCCUGACUACAUUGUGAUGCAGUUUGGUCGUGUAGCUGAAGAUGUGUUCACUCUGGACUAUAAUUAUCCGCUCUGUGCUCUUCAGGCCUUUGCUAUUGGACUCUCCAGCUUUGACAGUAAAUUGGCCUGUGAAUGACAGAUGGCAGACUUCAAACAUGGAACUCUCUCCCAUGCCUUCAUCUUCUUGUAAGAGUUCCAAGUAGAGUAAUGAAAAGCACAUUGGGGAUGAAGGGGAAUCGGAGGACAGACUUCGGCAGGCUUAUUAGAAAACAGGCCUCAGAGCAUUAUGGUAGUUGACAUUAGACCAUCUUGGGACACUGUCCCAAUACUGUCUUUGUGUGCAUUGUGGAAGAACAGGUAGUGUGGGUGAUGUUUUUGUUAACAGCGUUGAUUCUGUUUUCAGAAUCCUUGUAACAGAUACUGCAUGAAAGUGUGAAGGAAUUUAGCCUGCUAAUUGGAACCCAUUGCAGCUAGAAUUAGGAUAAUAACAGUUUGGUGUUCAUAUACCUUGGGACUUCACAGUGCCCCUGGAGGUACUUCUGCUGAUCUCAUCAAGAGCUCUUGAAUUCCUGACCAGAUGAGUUCAGAAAAAAGGAGGACAGCUACUGGCAUGUGCUCUCUUUUGCCCUGAUAGCAUUUUGCUGUCUGUUAAGACAGUCAAACGUGGAAGGAUUCAGGUUAUGGCUCUGUGCAACCUUAGGUAAUGUUCAACAAAAUACAGAGUGGGAAUGAGACAUUGGCUCAUAUAAAACACUUCUCUUGCUCUGUGGAAUGAUUCUCUGUUAAGGCUGAUAGUCCCAUUCCCUUUCAUUAUGCUAAUUGCUCCAUAUCCCUCAACAGCCUUUUUACCAAAUAAAGAACAAUCAAAUCUCAAAUGCUCCCUUUUUAGUUUGUGAUAUUAUAUCCAUUGCUACUACUAUUAUUCUUAACAAUGUUAAAAAUGAGACCAAACAGAUGAUAGAAUCAGACUGAAAUUGGCAGAAGGUUGUAUUGUAACAAUAUACAGUACCAUUCCUGAAAAGCAGUGUUCUGAUCAAUUUAAUCUAUGCUGUAAGAUGAUCAGAAAUAGUUUUAAUUUGUCCAUUGUUUGCAAGAUUUUUUUUUUUAGGAAUAAGUUGGUGACUAAUUUCAAUUUUUAACAUGCAAGUAUCUCUGGCCAUGACAUUAAAGUAGAUUUGAUGUAAAUAAUUUUAACCUGACUAUAAGAAGGUUACAGGUAUUUUCAAAGGCAUCAGUAAGUUUUUAUAAAUGUAUCAUGGGGCUUUGCAAUGUGUCCUUCCAGUGUUCCGUUUUGAGUACUGGAUCUACAAUAUGGAGACUGUAGGUCACAGCAUGCAAUGCUUCUUGAUUCAUAUGGCUUUGAUUAGUCAGAGGGAAUUGCUGCAUGCUGUGACAUGUAAGCCUCAGAGUGUACACGUCUGCUGUGUAGCAAAGAACAGUUACUCUCUUGCCUGUUUCAUUGUUGUUAUGCAUAUUCAUGACAAUCCUGGAAAACUAUUGAGCCUUUAUUGAGACGAGAAUCUGAUGUUCUCCAGCUUUGAAUAUGGUCAUUGUCAGCAGACUAGCUCUAUUUCAGGCUCCAAAUCACCAGAUUUAUUGCUUUUGAUCUCUGGAGUCUUUGCAGUAGGUAGGUAUCACUUGCUUUUUCAAAAUAUUGAAACUUUGUGAAGACAGAAGACGUGUCCUGAUAUUGCCAGGAAAAAAAAGUAUGGUAAACUCUGCAUUUAACUGUAAAUUAUGCAUUGCUACUGAGAACUCCAGCUUGCAUAUCUCUCGGGUUCCCAUUCUGCAUUAGCUGGUGAGGCAUUGUCUUGGGAGGAUCUCAUCAGUAGAGUAGUGGGCAAAGAGAGAUUGAGUCGUGGAUUUCUUUUGUGCCUUCAUGUACUUCCUGCUCAUCAGGCUGGGGACAAGACCUGGUAUUUUUUUUCUGUGCUUUCCUGAAUUCUUGGCUGAUGGCUCUGCACUCCCACUACGCAUCCAGAAGAACUGUUUGUUACCUGAUUAUUUUUCUGACUAAGACUGUGUAAUAGAAACUGCCUUAUGUUAGUUUGGGGUGGUGUGAAGGUAGAAUGCUAAUUUCCAAUUUAAGAUGAUCUCUGUGCUCAAAGGCCACGGUAGCAGGUAGCAUCCUUUUAUUCAGCCUUUGAGUUAGGAUCAUCAGCAGUGGCUCUUCAAGCUAUUUGUUGACAUCAAAUGAUCCUAGCAGGGUCAGGGCCUCUGAGUCUCAGUUAAAUUAUGCAGGCAGAUUAACUGAUUCAGUGCUCUUUUAUCAGAUACUGUUUUACAUUAAUUGUAUUUAUAACUUUUAUAUCUCAGUGAAAAUAAACUAAUUUAUAUAUUGAAAAAAA